UCACCAAAUAUGGACGUGCAUGCGCCUACUAUGCCAACAACGCUGGCAGCAACGGCAACAACAUCAACAGUCAGUACAGCAAUUUCAAAUGCAAAUGGUCAAAGUAAGAAUAAUUUCCCAUCUGAAGGUUCGCCAGCAAGCAGUGGCACUAAUAACAGUACUACAAAUGCAAAUUCGAAUAGAAAUCGUAAUAAUCAAAUGAGCCAAUUCAAUAGUAAUCCAGGUACUCCGUUAUCGCACUUAUCGCCCAAAGAUCUUGAUUCGUUUCAUACAA